GCAUUCCAACAACCGACUCAACCGCCCUAGCACUACCGCCCUACGACAGGCACAACUGGUACAAUGAUGCGAACUGGGGGCGCAGUGACUUUGGCUUUGGCCACACUGCUAGUUUGUUGCAGUGCUAAUCUUCAUCAGGAUCAAGAUGUAAGUGUGGGUGAACACCGUACUGGAGACUACGACACUAACGGUCAGAAACCACGUAACUUGGAUCCUCUUGGCGGUGGACAUUUGGUGCGCGAAGUACGGGAACUACGCCAUUCUCCUUAUUUCACGGGUAGGAGAUUCGAAUUUGUAAGUCCUUAUGGGGGUAAACGCGAUCCUUGGUCACCUAUCGAGUACGGAUAUUAUGGAGACGGCUAUCCCAAGCGCAAUUUCGAUGAGAUCGACCGGUCGAACCUAAACAACCUCGUGAAGAAGCGCAACUUUGACGAAAUCGACCAGACUUCAAUGCCCUUCCCGUUCAAGCGAUUCUAUCAUCUUUACGGACCUAACAACUUGGAUUCACCAGUAUCAAACUUCGAUAAGAAGAGAUACAGACCAGACUACCCCAUGGAUGAGAUCGAUCUCUCUCAGUUUCCCAUCGGCUCGAAGCGCGCCUAUGACUUCUCCGCUACGCACCACCAACGUUGAAUACUAAAAUGAGCAAUACUCGACCUAUUUUCAAACUUUUAAAAUAUCGAUAAAGUAUUUACUUAUUUAUCCAUAUCCGUCACGCGUCUCUCGCGUCUUUUAUCUAAACCAGUUUUAAUGAGUUCAAUUUAAAAUUUAUCCCUACUUAGAAUUUCCUUACGUGACUAAACUUCAUAAAUAUGCAAAAUACACAUUUACAAAAUGCUAAAUUCACAUUAUACAAUAUCUACUUAGAUAUUUUGAAACUUUUCUCAAAACAAAUUUAGUAGUAAAAAAUAUUUAGUAAUUUUAUUUAAAUUAAUAAAAUUAU